AAGAGACACGUUGAGGAUGACGACUUCCGCACCGCGUGACUUGGAGGCCUCUUGGCACUUUCAAAAUGGCGUCGAAUGUUGUGUUGGCUGUUGUGUCGGCUGUGUGUGUGGCAGGUGUGCUGCUGGUGUGUUUCAUCGCCCAAAAGACCCCGGAUGUCAGUGUGGAUGUUCACGCACGUGCUGCGGCAGUAACGAAAGCUACAACAAGGGCCACCACACCCAAACCAGUCGUGUGUAUCCACUGCACUGAUCUCGACUGCUACACUUCUCCCGUGAGCUCCGCCUGCGUCGGCAACGACACCUACUGCAUCUCAACAGUCACCGACCACAGCACCGGCAACAGGAACAUCGUCAAAGGGUGUGCGUCACUACCACAGUGUCAGCAAAGUUAUUCAUCCACCCAGGCACAGCCUCGUUGUCGUGGCAUUGACCACCAGGUGUCAGGUUAUGCGAUCACGUGCUCCUUCUGCUGUAAGGGAGACAACUGUAACAACGGACCUCACCUGACGCCGAUAGAGGGCGUCCCGUUCGCGGGAAAGGCGAUAAUUGGCUAGCUAGAUAACCUACGAGAACAUUGGAACAUGGUCAUCUGAGAAACGAGCAAUCGUUUUUAGUUUAUCUGUUAUUACAAUACAGUAAACUACGGUUAUAACGAACUCAAAGGGACCACUAAUUUUAAUUCGUUAUAACCGUUUCGUUAUAAGCAUAUGGACAACAAAUAUAGAAAAAAUUGACUGAACUAAGAAACAGUUCGUUAUAUCCGGAAGUUCGUUAUAAGCGUAGUUUAAUGUACAUAAUGUGUUGGUUAAAUAAAUAAUCGUAAUGCUGAA